GUUGAAAACGACAAUCGCGAGUCGGUGCACGUAUACUUGAAUGCGUAUAAAAGCGCGCCACUCCGAGAGCACGAGCAUCAAUCGAUCUUCGAUCUUCGAGCUCUCCAAAGCUUUCUCGAUCCUUUCUCAACACCCAGCAGACAUGAAAUACUUCGCUAUCGCCCUGUUCGCCCUGGUGGCCGUCGCGGCCGUCGCGGAGGCGAAACCCACCGGGGAGGUGGAGUCCAUCGAACCGGCGGCGCGGGCCGAGUCCACCUCGCCGGAAGCGGCCAGGAACAAGCGAGGGUUGCUGCUGAGCGCGGCGUACACGGCGCCGCUCGCUUACAGUGCAUACACCGCGCCGGCCGUGGCGUACUCCGCAUACAGCUACCCCUAUGCGUACACGGCCUAUUCGAGUUAUCCCUAUUACGCCGGCGCCUACAGCGCGCCCUAUUACUUGGCCUAGAUACGUGAUCACACACGAGCCCGAGGGAACACGCCAAAUUACCGGCCAGCCUCUCUGAUUUUGACGACGACGACAACCGCCGACCCAACCGGACACGAGGAGGGACACUCGCGACGUGAUCACGUAAGACAGUUCAUCGAACAAGUAUCUCGAGCGGAAUACAUUCGCUGCGUCAAAUGAAUUCCGCUUUCGACGAGAGGAGUGUUCGGUUCGUUCACAAGUGUAAUGGAUUAUCUAUUAUUCGCUCGGAUUCGAUUUUCUCGAGAGGGAUUUUGUUCUACGGGGAUACCUCACUGGAGUUGCGCCGGUUCUACGCGAAAUUAUUCAACAGUCAGGCAGGCACGCGAAAUGACACUGGGCAUGAUAAAAAUAGCCAUUUGUAUGCGCGAUAAAGAUUCUAUGAAAAGACCGCAAAUAAACAGGAAACGAGCCAUAUUAAGAACCAGGCCUUAUUCGAGUGAGGUACCUUCACUUUCGUUGCCGAUAAUACCUCUUGCAGUUGUGUCCGUGGAUCGUGUCAUUCAUUCGCUAAGGAAAAUACUCGUACGUUUACAUGAUCUAUUUCAGAAACACUUAUUACACUAUCAUAUAUAUAUAUGCACACAUAUACAGCGUUUUACUCCUAUCAAAUAGGCUACGUAUUUACAUGAAAAUGAAUGAAACGGACCGUAUCCACCAUCUGGAUUUGUACAAAGAGAAUUAUUCUCGCAACGUGAUACAUAUACGUAUUAUAUUACAUUUCGUUGUGUAAACUGUGAAAAAAAAUCAUUGAUCAAGCGUUGUCGGGAAUGUCUCUUUGUACGCACAAUGCAUUAUAGACCAUAUAAUUCAGUGACUAUAUACCUCAAUGAUAUAAUCGAAUGCAGUGUAUUCGCCUAUUUCGCUUAAAUGCCUGUACAAAUUUAAAUUUUCACGAGAAGAAUAUCCGCAGCGUGAUUCUGUACAUUUCUUAUUGCACAAAAUAUUAACAAAAACAAAAAAAAAAAUUUGACGAAACGUUGCUAAUUCUUCUUCACGCUUGUAUCUUUCGUAAGAUGUAUGCUGUGUAAAUCAUGUAAGCCACUAAAAGCACAAAUAUAUACGCACAAUCCAGUAAAAUAAUA